AAGCAGCAUACGUCAUUAAUGGCGCCAUCUUCGGGGCAGCAGCAGAAUUUUCAAAGUCAAUUGAGACAAAAUAUUCGAGCUUUCUGGAAUGAUCAAUUGACUGAAAUCAGCGGUGCUUCAGAUUUGCAGAUGAGUCAAUCGAUGCUACCAAUAAGUCAUGUUAAGAAGAUAAUGGAAUCAAAUGAGGAAGUGAAGAUGCUUGAAAAGGCCUGUGAAUUAUUUAUCAAGGAGUUGACAGUUCGUGCAUGGAUUCAAGCUAACUUCAACAAUAGCCAAACAUUGCAUCGAAAUGAUGUAGCAAAUGCGAUUCGCGAUAUAGAUGUCUUAAAAUCCCCAAGGAAUGUAGUCCCCAUGUUCUCAAUUGCUAAGGAGCCUGCAUAUGCACACCAAAGCAAUAGCGGUGUUGGUGCUGCACCCUAUCCCAUGAGUAUUCAGUUCAUAAAUCAAACUAUUGAGGCCUUUGUAGCAAGAAAGCAAGCGCAACCGCCGCCACCACUACCAUCGUCGUCAACUGGGCAGGCUGACUUAGGAGUCGAUAAAUGCAGCGACUAAAGUAGAGGGAAGAAUUUUCAUUGAUCGGAUGUCCUUCAUCGUAUUAAUUUUUUGAA